CUUUACCUCCGCCGCGUGUUAUGUCGCCCUCGAACCCUGAAGCGGCCCCGCUGCACCGCCGAGAACAAACCGAGCCGUCGUACCAAAAGGACCUUCCCGAUGCACACUUCCCCAGUGUGACAGUCCAUGGGCUACCUUCGCCUGCGUGGAAGGCCGGGAUCUGUGGUUGUUUCAGCUCUGGAUGCAACAACGUGAUCAUGUCCACCUUCUGCCAAUGUAUCGUGCUGGCACAAGUCGCCUCCCGACUUGGGAACGUGUUUGGCGGGUACACGGGUGUCUUGAUCGGCGUGUUUUCGUUCGCCACCCUCGGCAAUCUCUUCCGCGUGUACGCUGAGCUCGACUGGUACUCGAUUUACACCCAUGGCCGCCCUGUCGACAUCUACCUGGAAGCGGAAGCCACUCGAUUCAACUUGGCCGCGAUCUUUGCGGCAUUGGUAAUUGUUGUCUUCGUCGCGUGGCUGCGCCAUCGCGUCCGCUCGUUCUUCCGCAUCCCGGGAAGCCCCGCCGAAGACUGUUGCUGCUCUUUGUUUUGCCACUGCUGUACUGUCGCGCAGCUGUCUACCCAAGUCGAAGUGUACAGCCCAGGGCAGUGCUGCUCUCUCGGUCCUCGAGACACGUUGCCGGCAUACUACGUCGCAGUCCCAUUGCAAUAGAUGUUCCUAUGGAAUGCAGAGUCAAGUGUUUUGAGUAAAAAAGCUUUGGUGUUGGCCAUUGACAUUCACCACUUCAUGUUGUGGUGGUGAAAGCUGCAAGGCUCACCUCGGAUAGAGUGC